UCUUCUUCUUAUUGCCUGUGGUAUCCAAACAACCCAGAAAAAAAGCGUGGCGUUGUAAAUAAAAGCGCAAAAUCAUUUUUUUUCCUGGAAAAUAGUAUGCACACGCAUAAUCACUUCAAAACUCCGUCGGAUGCAGAGGAAGUGGACGAUUUGGACGACGAAAUGGUAAUGGGCGUGAUAGCCGAGAUUGAACAGGAAGUUCUCUAUGAAUCGGACAGUGACGACGACUUUAGAGCGGAACAAGAGGGUGCUCCACCACCUGAUGAUGAUGAUGACGAUGGAAACCAAAACAUCAGCAGCGAUGAUAGCUUUGAUCCAAAUGCAGAGGAUUCCGAUUCCGAUGAUUCCACAGAAAACGAUGAAGAGACCCAGGCGACAAGCGCCAAGCGACGAAAGGAUGACGAUGGUCCGUCAGGGAGCCACAAGGGCACAGAAUCCAAUUUCGAUUUGGAUCUGGAGGACGAAUCAGAUGAGACAGUGCGUGCCAUAAUUGCAGCUAUCAAGAAACCUCGCAGUGCUCCACCAGAGAUCAAGCUAGAGGACUUUGUUACAGAUAUUUCCUUCCAUCCAGAGCGCAACAUCAUUGCCCUGGCCACCAUUAUUGGGGAUGUGCAUCUGUACGAGUACGCCAAUGAGGGCAACAAACUUCUACGUACCAUUGAAGUGCAUUCGAAGGCCUGUCGGGAUGUGGAGUUUACAGAAGAUGGCCGAAAUCUGCUUACUUGUUCCAAGGACAAGUGUGUUAUGGUAACCGACAUGCAGACGGAGAAGUUGAUAAAGCUUUAUGAGACUGCGCACGAUGAUGCCAUUAACACAUUGCACGUCCUCAAUGAGAACCUGUUCGCCACGGGAGAUGAUGCGGGCACAGUAAAGCUCUGGGAUCUGCGCACCAAGCAGCACGUGUUUGAGCUGAAGCAAAUAGAUGAUCAAGUGACCCAGUUGUUAUCCAACGAACAGAAUACGCUGCUUCUGGCUACCAGCGCUGAUGGAUACCUAACCACGUUCAACAUCCCCGGUCGCAAGUUGUACGUACAAUCGGAGCCCUACGAAGAGGAGCUCAAUUGCAUGGGUGUCUACCGUGGCGACUCCAAGCUUGUGGUGGGCACUUCCAAAGGAAAGUUGUACAGUUAUAAUUGGGGCUCUUUCGGGUACCAUUGUGACAUGUAUCCUGGUAUUAAAAGUCCUAUUAGCCUGAUGAUACCCAUCACCGAUCGAAUCGCCUGUGUGGCUGGAGAGGAUGGCAACAUACGCGCCUGCCACAUAACGCCGUAUCGAAACCUAGGCGUAGUGGGACAGCAUAGCAUGCCCGUCGAAGCAAUGGAUGUGAAUUGCAAUGGUGAGCUGUUGGCAUCGUCGUCACACAACAACGACGUUCGCUUCUGGAACGUUAAGUAUUUUGAGGACUUUGGGGACAUCAAGUACAACGAGAAACACAAUGCCUACAAGGAGCAGCGGCAUAACUUGCCCUCCUCGAAGUGCACCAACACGGGUGACUUCUUCGCCGACCUGGCAAAUCAAGAGGAAGAAAACGAGGAUAACGACGCUACAUAGGGUAUAUGUAUGGCCUUAUAUCUAAAUUCACGGGGGGGUUUCUAAUGGGUGGGUCUUUAAC